AUGUGUAUGGGUGUGUUUAUCGACAAGUCUAUGCCUAACGCUGAACCAUUUUUCGACGUUGUACCCACCCUAUCGCACAUGUGCUUUGCAUUUACGGUUAAAUCGGAGAGAGUUUUUAAAUAUGUUGUGACGAAGAUGGAGUGUUGGAGUCUCGCCGCUUUCUCCCUUUUAGCAAUCCUUGUGGGGGAAACCCGAGGACAGACUACGAAAAUCGACCAAACGCUAGAAUCUAAGCAGAUAUAA